AUGAGUACGCCCAGGGAUGAUGCGGCGGGUGUGGCGUGCGUGCUGCCCCCGCACGGGCCAGCCAACAUGAUGUCAACCUACAUGACUCGCUACGACUACGACUACAACCGUGAUCCCCGUCUGACAGGCGGCGAUGGCGGGAGCGGCUUCGAGCAGGAGAUAAGCGGUGAAGUGCGCAACCGCCCCGUCUUUGCCUACGGCGUUGACACAGGCGACCGCGACGACCGCACUAUCUACCAAGUAGACUACACGAACAAGGACCGCUCCGUGAAGAAUAUGGCCGGGCUUGCCGCCAUGCUGACAGGCUCGGCCACUUCUGCAGCUGCGGGAAAGAUUAGAGGCCCGGACAACGGCACGGCAUACCAGCACAACUGGUAUCUCCCCGCAGUCUCCGCUCACAUUGUCUUGGCGGACGGCAGUCAUCCGCAUACAGUGUACCAGGAUGACUACCAGGCACCCCGGCACGUCGCUGGUGGCGCCGUGCAUGAUCCGGUGUGCUACGCGGGAGCCGCCGCUGCCGCCUACAAUGCGGAUCUGCUCAAGCCGCACGGCUUGAUCGAGGACGACGGCGCCGACCUUGCGCCGAAGAUCACAUCAAUGGAGUCGCUGCUGCCACGGAAACACGCGAGCCUCAACGCUACGUGGACGCCAGCCUUCGAGAACACCGCUGACCACCGCCACACGUGGAAUGAUUGCGUGCCUGGGGACGGUGUGGUAGGGACAUACACGUGUACCUCCUGGGAUUACGGCGACACGAGCCAGGCCCACCCUUCACAGCUGCCGCUGAGCCUCGCGCGCAGCCUUGCAGCCCACAACCUGGACCCCACCGCGAACCCGGACAAGGCGGCGUUGCUGCGCCAUCUCGCCGGGAAGCACUACUUCUCUAGGACGCUGCGCGGAUCAUCGAGCGGUACUCCGCUGGACACGAACGACCGCACGAACCCGCAGUUUCUGUCAACGAUGGAGCAGAAGCGGUGUGCGGUGAGCCGGCGCCUGGAGAAGGAGCACUACGUCACCAUGUCCAUCUACAAGAGCGACUUCAUUGAUCAGGGGCUGCUGCCAGAGCUCCCCGGCAACCACGGCGGUCCGGCGGACGUUCACGACACCCACACCAGCCCUGCGGCCACAGCGGGGGAGAUGAUGGCCGGCCAGCUCACGAACGUGACGCGCGAGCUGGGCUUGCUGCGCAACGCGCACGGCACCCUCAAGUCCGGCGAGGCGCAUGCUGCGUCGCGGGUGAGCACAGGCGUUUUAUCAGCGAUGCGCACAAUGGAGAAGGCGAUCUCGAUCGACAAGGCCGACCCGCACCGCCACAAGCUCCGUGAGUAG